AUGCUCCUCGAUGAGCAGUCUCAACAUUCUUUCAGUUUCUCUAAUAUAAAUGGCAGUGUAUGUCAGGCAUUCUAUCCGAUAAAUUACUUCGUACAGUCUCCAGUUUUACCGAAUGGAUGGUCACUGAUACAACAUAAUCCUGCAAUUGUGCACGCAAAAGAAGCCGGUUUAUCGCAACAAAAUUGGAAUCGGACGCGUUCGUGCAUCCCAAAGGGAUUGAUCAGCGCCAACCGCUACUUUGUCCUUCACCCUUUAGAAUCAUUCCAAGAUGGGCUUCAUCUCCCCUUAGAAAGAUAUGAACGAAGCCAACGUGAAGCGUACUUCGAGCGACCAUAUCGUGCUUUGCCUGGUCCCGCCUUCAUCUAUAACAGAUUUAUAAAUCGAUUGCAUGGAUUAUGA